AUGAACUCUUCCAGGAGACUCCGCCUGUUCUCCUUUGCCUCGGACACUGCGAAUCAGAAUGAGUCCUCUGGGAGGCUGCCCAUGCUGACCCGGCCUCUCACGGCCCGUAACAACAUAGUGGCCGCUCUGGGGGAGUUUGUCGGCACCUUCCUGUUCCUGUUCUUCUCCUUCGCGGGCACGCAAAUCGCCAACACUCCCCCUCCGACCCCUCCGGCAGGAAGUGACACUCCUCUGCCCAACACUUCCAAUCUCAUGUUCAUCGCUCUCGCUUUUGGCCUCAGCUUGAUGGCCAAUGUCUGGGCCUUUUACCGGGUCACUGGUGGACUCUUCAAUCCUGUUGUAACUGAAGAAGAAGAAGAGGAAAACAAAACAUUUACGUUAUGGCUGAAACAAGGGGUCGUCAAGGUCGCUCUCGCCCUGUUUCUGGUUGGAGGGCUUUCCGGCAUCCGAGUCUUGGUCGUUGUGAUUGCUCAAUUCAUCGGGGGCAUCGCUGCCGCCGCCGUUGUCUCGGCACUCUUUCCCGGUCCGAUGAUGGUGGCAACGACGCUGGGCGGAGGGGCCAGCAUCUCGCAAGGCUUGUUCAUCGAGAUGUUUCUCACCGCCCAGCUCGUCUUUGUCAUCAUCAUGCUCGCCGCUGAGAAGCACAAGUCGACCUUCCUCGCUCCGAUCGGGAUAGGAAUCGCCUUCUUCCUGGCAGAGCUUAUUGGGGUCUACUUCACGGGAGGGUCGUUGAACCCAGCUCGGUCUCUCGGCCCGGCGGUCGUGAACCACAGCUUUCCCGGGUACUUCUGGAUCUAUUGGGUGGGACCCCUCCUUGGGUCCCUCCUUGCAUGUGCCUUCUACGUCCUGCUUAAGUACCUCCGGUGGAAGGAGUGCAACCCCAGUCAGGAUUGGAACGAGAUCGAAAAGCAAGAGUCUGAGAGACAACUCAGGAACAAGGCGUCUAAAAACAUCACCGAACGGCCAAGCACCAGCCCGACCGAUGCAACCCAUGCGGCAGAUGUACAACCGCAAGUACAACCGCAAUCGAAUCUUGACUAA